AUGGUACCCCAUUCAUCAUUCCGACCCACACCCUCCGCACUUAAUCAACCUAUCUAUACACCUGAUUCAAUACCGCUGUGGCAGCUGAAUGUCGCUGGGAUAUAUCACUUAACACCAAAACCUCCCAAUCCCACAACCCCCAUCCACCCAUUCCAUCCUCCCCAUCUCUCUUCCUCAUCUUCCUCAGUACUGAGUAGACGUUUCCCCCAAACCGUUGUCCACUCCCCAGUGUACGAGUCCCCUCCCCAGUGUACGAGUCCCCUACCCAGUGUACCAGUCCCCUUCCCAGUGUACGAGUCCCCUCCCCAGUGUAAGAGUCCCCUCCCCAGUGUACGAGUCCCCUCCCCAGUGUACGAGUCCCCUCCCCAGUGUACGAGUCCCCUCCCCAGUGUACGAGUCCCCUCCCCAGUGUACGAGUCCCCUCCCCAGUGUACGAGUCCCCUUCCCAGUGUACGAGUCCCCUACCCAGUGUACCAGUCCCCUCCCCAGUGUACGAGUCCCCUUCCCAGUGUACGAGUCCCCUCCCCAGUGUACGAGUCCCCUUCCCAGUGUACGAGUCCCCUACCCAGUGUACCAGUCCCCUCCCCAGUGUACGAGUCCCCUCCCCAGUGUACGAGUCCCCUCCCCAGUGUACGAGUCCCCUCCCCAGUGUACGAGUCCCCUCCCCAGUGUACGAGUCCCCUCCCCAGUGUACGAGUCCCCUUCCCAGUGUACGAGUCCCCUCCCCAGUGUACGAGUCCCCUCCCCAGUGUACGAGUCCCCUCCCCAGUGUACGAGUCCCCUUCCCAGUGUACGAGUCCCCUCCCCAGUGUACGAGUCCCCUUCCCAGUGUACGAGUCCCCUCCCCAGUGUACGAGUCCCCUCCCCAGUGUACGAGUCCCCUCCCCAGUGUACGAGUCCCCUCCCCAGUGUACGAGUCCCCUCCCCAGUGUACGAGUCCCCUUCCCAGUGUACGAGUCCCCUUCCCAGUGUACGAGUCCCCUCCCCAGUGUACGAGUCCCCUCCCCAGUGUACGAGUCCCCUCCCCAGUGUACGAGUCCCCUCCCCGAUUCAGCAAGUAUUUCUACGCACCACCCCCACAUCCCUCCUUUCCCGGCAUGUCGCUGA